AUGAUCCCUAGGCUCCUUUCCCUUCUCUGCCUCCGGCUGUGUGUUGGGCAAUCAGACAUUCCGGUCAAUGGGCCACCCCCCAAGCCCAGCCUCAGCGCCUGGCCCAGCUCAGUGCUUCCCACCCAAAGCAGUGUGACAAUGCGAUGCAGGAGCCCUGCUCCAAGUGAAUACUUCAUCUUCAAAAAGGAAGGUUUCGUUUUGGAUUCUGCGAAGCCAAAUGAUUUGACAGAGAAGAUGGCUGAGUUUCAUAUCGCUGAGUUACAGCAGAAUCAUGGAGGGCAUUACACCUGUGAAUCCUUCAGCAAAUGGCCCAAUGGCACCGGGACCCAGCCCAGUGAUGCCCUUCUCCUAUUGGUCACAGGGUACUUGUCUAAACCUUCCCUCCAAGCCUACCACAGGGGCACAGUGCCUGCAGGGAGCCAGGUGAUACUGCAGUGCCAGAAAGCGGGCAGUGUGCUCGGACCCGUGAGGUUUGCAUUGCUGAAGGAGGGACGCUCGGCUCCCGUGCAGAUAAGGAGCGCCACAGGAAGGGUGCUUGACUUCUCCCUUCUGAACGUGACAGCCAGAGACUCGGGGAGAUACAGCUGUGUGUACUACCAGGCAAAGGCUCCCUAUCGGGCCUCAAUCCCCAGCAAUCCCCUGGAGGUCUCUGUGACAGAGCCCCCAGAUACCAUGAGAGAAGGCUACACCGUGGGUAACCUCAUCCGGUUUGGAGUGGCUGCUGUCACUGUGCUGAUAAUGGGAGGCUUCCUGCUUGAAGCCUGGCAUAGCCAGAGGCUGUCUCCAAAUAGACCCUGGUAA